GCAUAAAAAGGCUGUCCUAGUGCUACUGACAUGCGCAGUCGCUACCUUCUUCCCUCCUCUUUGACUGUGGCAGUGAUCGGGAGACACCAUGAAGGCCUCCGGAACCCUUCGGGAGUAUAAAGUCAUCGGGCGUCUGCUGCCCUCGCCCAAGAACCCCGCCCCUCCUCUUUACCGCAUGAGGAUCUUUGCUCCAAACCACGUGGUGGCAAAGUCCCGUUUCUGGUACUUUGUCUCGCAGCUGAGGAAGAUGAAGAAGGCUUCAGGCGAGAUUGUCUACUGUGGCCUGGUCCACGAGAAGACGCCCCUGAAGGUGAAAAACUUUGGUAUCUGGUUGCGUUACGACUCUCGGAGCGGAACCCACAACAUGUACAGAGAGUACCGGGACCUGAGCACGUCUGGAGCCGUCACCCAGUGCUAUCGUGACAUGGGAGCUCGCCAUCGGGCACGUGCCCACGCCAUCCAGAUCAUGAAGGUCCAGGUCAUCGCUGCUAACAAGUGCCGCCGACCUGCCAUCAAGCAGUUCCACGACUCCAAGAUCAAGUUCCCUCUGCCUCAUCGGGUCCUGCGCCGUCAGCACAAACCACGCUUCACCACCAAGAGACCAAACACCUUCUUCUGAGCAGAGCCAGUGUCGUUCUGCUGCAAAGAAUAAAAAUAUUCAGAGAAAACUAA